AUGGAUUCAAAAGAGGCCGCCAUGGCCUCUCAUGAUCAGUAUCACGACCAGCAUGACGACCAGCCCCCACCACCAUACGAGGCAAUUCCUCAAGAUUUAAGUGAAGCUCAGGGUAUUUCUGUCAACGAUGAGGGCCGUGUUGUUGUGGAUGCUAGUUCCCGACUCUGCAGAUCCCUUUCUAGGUUAUUGCCUCAUGUUAUCCGUCAGAGCACAGUACCUCCACCAAGUUAUUCGGAAGGGGUGCCAACGUUCAAGUUCCCUCUGAAUAUUGUGAUUCAAAUCGUCGGCAGCAGAGGAGAUGUCCAACCAUUUGUUGCACUUGGCACAGAGCUACAAAAUGUAGGCCAUCGCGUGCGCAUUGCAACACACAAUGUCUUCGAGCAGUUCAUCCUGGAAGCAGGCUUGGAGUUUUACCCUAUCGGUGGUGAUCCGGCCGACCUGAUGUCAUAUAUGGUCAAGAAUCCCGGGUUAAUCCCCAGCCUAGACAGCGUUCGUGAGGGAGAUAUUCAAAAGAAGCAAUUGAUGAUGGCGGAAAUUCUUCAUGGUUGCUGGCAAUCAUGUCUGAUGCCCGACCCUACCACAAAUGCCCCCUUUGUGGCCAAUGCUAUCAUUGCAAAUCCUCCGAGCUUCGCACACGUUCACUGCGCCCAAGCCCUAGGAAUUCCACUUCACUUGAUGUUCACAAUGCCGUGGAGUCCAACAACGGCAUUCCCGCACCCGUUAGCCAAUCUAAAAAAUAUUCCAGCUGAUCCACAGUGGCUCAAUCGCGUUUCUUAUGGUGUUGUGGAUUGGCUAUCAUGGCAGGGUCUAGGAGGCGUGAUCAACGAUUGGCGGAAACAUGAGCUAGAGCUCGAGCCUAUCUCUCUUUCAGAUGGCCCAUUCAUUUUAACCAAACUGAAUGUCCCCUAUACAUAUUGCUGGUCCCCUGGCCUAGUUCCCAAACCAGAUGACUGGCCUCAUAAUUUUGAUGUCUGUGGGUUCUUCUUCCGCGAUCCGCCCCAAUAUGAGCCUCCUGCCGAGAUUGCAGAAUUUCUCAAGGCUGGGCCCCCUCCCGUCUAUUUUGGGUUUGGAAGUAUUGUUCUCGAAGACCCGGUAGAGAUCACAAAAACGAUUCUACAGACGGUACAGGCAACCGGUGUUCGCGCAAUCAUUUCGCGCGGUUGGAGCGAUUGCCCGCACGAAUGGUUAUUUGAACGGGUCAGUGCGGUUGUUCAUCAUGGAGGUGCCGGUACAACGGCAUGCGGGCUACGCAAUGGCAAGCCCACUAUCAUUGUGCCAUUCUUUGGAGAUCAACCAUUUUGGGGAGAUAUGGUUUCUGCCGCCGGUGCAGGACCAAAUCCAAUACCAUACAAAGACCUGAAGAUCGAAUCACUGGCCCAUGGAGUGCGGUUUUGUUUGACACCAGAAGCAGUGCGCUCCGCACAAGAAAUUGCCGUGAAAAUGAAGCGAGAGGAUGGAGUGAAAACGGCCGUAGCAUCAUUCCAUCGGAAUUUACCGAAAGGUCUAGUCGAAUGUGAUCUGCUACCGGGAUCCCCUGCCGUUUGGAGAUGCCGCCUCGGCAAGAAGAGGUUUUGCUUGUCGAAACUUGCUGCGGAGAUUCUUGUUGAAAAAAAUCUGGUAGAGGUCAAGAAGCUGAAACCAUACCAACCAAACCCCAUUGUCAUUGAGAAUACACGAUGGGACCCGGUGACUGGUAUCUCCUCUGCUGGAAUGGGAUUCACAUUUGAUAUGCUCAAAGCAGGAGGUGAUAUCUUUUAUAAGCCCUAUAAGGUAUACCAAGAUGGUCGCCCCGUACCUCUUCAAUCACCAACAGGCUCCGAAAAUGCUUCUGCCCAACUGCUGUCACCAGGCGGCAGUGGAUCGUCACUGCGCAAAGCCCAAUCGAUGAAUGAUUUGUCAGGCUGCAAGGACGUUCGGCCUAAGAAAAAAGGGAGAGGUGCCGCAAUGGCUUCAGCAUCGACUCAUGCUUCCGGGAAGUUCCUAGGAAAGAUUGCUUCUGGAGUUAUGGUCGAUAUACCUUUGGCCGCGGCUGAAGGCUUCCGCGUGCUUCCUGGUCUGUACGGAGACAAAGUUCCCCAAUAUGGAAAAGUAAAAGACUGGAAGUCUGGCGCAGUUGCAGGUGCUAAAAGCUUUGCUCAUGGCAUGGGAGGAGCUAUGACUGAUAUGAUCUAUCAGCCAUAUAAAGGUGCUAGAGAUGGAGGUGCCGCAGGCUUUGCGGGUGGCUUGUUUAAAGGCACUUUCGGGGUGUUGGGCAAGAUGGCACAUGGCGGCAUUGGUCUUGUUGCGUAUCCCAGCCAGGGUAUUAAACAAUCCAUUUAUUCUGCGUUUCAUAAGGGCACACGGAACCUCAUUUUGGCGGCUCUUCACCUAGAGGGAGAAGAUAUGGUUCGACAAGAGAGAGUCAGAGGGUUUGACGAUCAGAAGGUCAUCGAAAAAUUCGUGACGAUGACCAAGGCUGAGUUCGAUGAUGACAGUGAUUACAUGUAG